CAUCAUCACAUGUUGACUAGAAAAUCAAUAGCAAACGAGUCACGAUGUCUGCCAGUUUCGUUGCGUGCGUCGUUGUGAAUUUAAUGUUUUUCGUUUUUAUACCAAAUAUCUAUAGGAUUUAAUCGCCGAAUUAGCGAAUAUUUAUUUAACAACAUGUUUUCUUUAUAAAUUUCUUAAAUUCCCACGCGACAAAACGAAAGUGCAAAUGUCCCGAGACUGUGAAUGGUAAUUCAUUACGAAUUGUCGCUAAAUGGAAAGGUGAUACGUCUGCUUGUUUGGAAUCAACGUAAAAAUGGACGGUCCUGGGUUAGGAUACUCGUACCACCUUCCAUCCGCAGGAUGGAAUCUCAAAGUUAGGAACGUUCUUUCGCAGUUCAGCGAUCUCUUCAGCGAGUUUAACAAAUACAUCGCGCCUGCUUAUCAUCAUGACCGAUGCGAAAGGUCGGUACAGAUGCGAUUAUAUUCUAUGCAUAAAAGGGAAUUCGUUAUGGUCUUUGUUGCUUUCUUCGCAUGUUUUGGAUUAGCGGUAUUUAUUGGACUCGCAGGUCCUCCUAUCACUUCUACGAGCGAACAGAGAGCUCAUUUAAACGGCAGCGAAGUGGCUACCGGUCCUUUUAUCAUGAAGACUCCUCUGCUGUCCGCGUACAGUCAACAAUUGUGGGUCAUCGGAAAAUUAUUGACAUCCAAUAACGAUGACGAAAGAUACGACAAAAGCUUUCAAAUUAGCAUCUCCAUAGACGGUAUCACCACCGAACGUAAGCUAAUGCCAGUACUGUCGUCCGAAACUGGACACAACAGAACCAGACGUUUGAAAUGCGAAAGGCAAACGUGCGAGGAACUCGUAGUUGCUCACCUAGGAUUCCUCGAUUAUAGUUACUACAUAAUUACUGUUCGUUUCCACGGGCUCGAGAGCUUUCACCAGCGCUAUAACAUACGCGAACUUACAUUCUACUUCAAGAACUACAACCCAGCGUUCACGGAGUUCGAGAUUUGGUUUCGUUUUAUCUUCCUACUGACCGCGUUUGGAGUUAUGUGCUGGUUUGGACAUUCUCUCCGAAAAUAUCCAUUGCACGACUGGUCGAUAGAACAAAAAUGGAUUUCGAUACUCCUGCCUUUAUUGAUUUUGUACAAUAAUCCAUUGUUUCCAAUGACGUUUUUGGUAAAUUCAUGGGUACCUGGUAUGGUCGAUGCAAUUUUGCAAACAACGUUUCUCUGUGCAGUCCUCAUGUUUUGGUUGUGCGUUUACCACGGUCUCCGACAGAACGAGAGACGCCUUAUCACCUUCUACUUACCCAAAGUUCUGGUAGUGGGUCUGUUAUGGUGUUCGGCCCUUAUUCUAGCAACGUGGCUUCGUUGCACGGAAUUGGAAGAUCCAACUUACAACUACGUACUCGAUACGUCGAAUUAUUUUGGUUUCAAAGUGUUUUUCUUCACGGUAGGAGUUUUUUACAUCGCGUAUCUGCUUCUCCUGAUACUAAGAGCGUACAGCGAAUUACGAUCGAUGCCAUACUUUGAUCUUCGUUUACGUUUCCUGACGUUGCUCGCCGGUGUCGUUUCGUCGGUUUGCGGUUGCGUGACGGCACGACAAUUCGGAGCCGGUAUUUUCGAAGACAGUUUUGCUUCUCGCCUUACGACUUAUUAUCGUUCUUCGGCUCAAUUUAUGGCGUUGUACGGUCUUUUGAAUUUUUACUUGUACACGAUGGCUUACGUGUACGCACCUGCCCAUCAACAAGUUUACGGUCAACAUUCGUCGAUAACGAAGGAUAAUCCUGCAUUCUCAAUGAUCAAUGACUCCGACGAGGACGUCAUUUAUGGGUCGGACGAAGAAGUUACGUGUGGAUCAGACGAGGACAGCCGACGGCCGUUAACUCGUGCGCCAUGAACAGCAAUUACUAGACAUGCCGAACAAAGAAUGAAACGUUUUUCGAAUGAAAGAUGUGGUAUGAAAAUGGCGCGUAAGAUAAACGAUAUCGAUACGAAAAAUUUGUUACGAGUGAAACUGAGCGAAACCUAGUUCGCUAUUUGUGUACAUCUGUGUUUGUACAUACAUAUGGUGUAAAAAAGCAAAAAGAAGAAACAUGAUAUUCCAGGUCGAUAAAUGCAAAAAAAAAAUGGAUACAACAUACCGUAUAUCAUUUGCAUACUCUGUUUGAAGUAAUUCACGUAAAACAGUUGCUCUUCGUGUAUCGUAUACUUUAUACGUUUUCAUGACUCUCGGCUUGCAGCGCAAAACGAAGUCAGAAUUAUGAAAUAUCUACUAUUUGAAAUACUUUAUCCCAAUGUUUACGAGACUAACCACUUUUUAUGUAUUACGAAAGGUAAUUGUAAACAUACACCGAAUAACGAACAACUACUUUACUACACGGUGUCCCAAAAAUGUUGGAAGACGUUGAAAGGGGUGGUUCGGGGGGUGAUUUGAAAAAACUUUUUCCUUAGCGAAAAUGUUGUCCGAGGCUUCGUUAAAGAGAUAUUAACCAAAAACCCCGACCAAUCAGAGCGCGCGUAUACCGAUGCAGCGGCCGCGUUCAUACGCUAUCGCGAGCGCUCCACCGGCAUUCUCGCGCUCUGAUUGGUCAGUGUUUUCCGUUAAUAUCUUCUCAACGAAGCCUCGGACAACAUUUUUGGUAAGGAAAAAGUUGCUUCAAAUCACCUCCCGAACCAUCCCUUUCAAGCUGUUACAACAUUUUUGGGACACCCUGUAUAUUAGGUAAUUUUGCAAAAUAGCGAUGGACUUGAUCGAUUUCAACGGCUUUUAAAGUAUGUUGAAAAGGGUAGGUUAUAAUAUUUGUCGUUCGUUCUUUCGUUUUCGACUUGUUGCAUCGGAAACCCAGGUUUUGGAGGUGCCACGGUAAGAACCACGAACACGUAAAUGGUAAAUAAUUUUUUCUUGAGAACGUACUUCCAACACACUUCAAGACCGUUGAAAUCAUUGAUAUCGUUAUAUUGUACAUGAUUACCUUAUUUUGUUAUACUUUUAUCAUGUAUCGUUUAAACUUACCCAAUCCCAAUGUACACGUUCCAUUGCUAAUUACGAUGUAAAAAUCGAAUACAUUUUGUCGUUACGAUU